CCAUUUUUUCUCAUCCACCCAAGUCUUAAGUGAGAUAUAGACUAAGAUAAGAAAAACAAAUGGAAGUAUUUUCUUCAAAGACCCUUCUCAUAGUUAUUGCCUUUAGUUUGAUUAUCACAAACUCUUACCAAGCAAAUGAAAGACAAUACCAACAAGCCAACACAUUAUUCAUUAGAACAUCUUGUAGUUCCACAACUUAUCCAAGACUUUGCUACGCUUCUCUAGUGAAGCAUGCAAAUUCCAUUCAAACGAAUCGCUUUCUUUUAACAGACACGGCCUUGAAUGUGACUCUUGCAACGGUUAAAUCAACAUGGGCUAUGAUGUCAAGUUUGGCUAAAACCCGGGAGUUGAAGCCAAGAGAGACCGCAGCUAUGAAGGAUUGCAUCGAGCUGCUUAGCGACUCGAUCGAUGAACUCCGAAAGUCUAUCAACGAGAUGAGUCGUCUUAGGACAUCAAAUUUUGAGCUAACAAUGAGUGAUAUACAAACUUGGGUUAGUGCUGCCUUGACGGAUCAAAGUACUUGUAGCGACGGAUUCGAAGAGAUUAAUGCAACGGGAGAUAUUAAGACAAUAGUGCAAGUGAAAAUUGUGCAAGUGGCACAAUUGACUAGCAAUGCUUUGGCUUUGAUAAAUAAGCUAGCCACUUCACAUGGUUAAAUUGAAAGUUGCUUAAUCAAGCUCCACUUUUUGUAGCUUCAAAAUUGAAGCAUUAUUAAUGUAAUUGGUGAUGUUGUUUCAAGUUAUGCAGCAUCAAGUUGGUGUUCAACUUAAAGUGUGUGAAAGAUUGUAAAUAUGUAGGAAUUAGUUGUUGAGAAUUUUUUUUAAUCGAAUAUCUUGCAUCAUGCGUGCGAAAGUACGAACAAAGGUUAAUUCUUAAAAUUAGGUAGAACUACAAUGAGUUUUAAUAUUGUUGUAUUUGCAAUGUUAAAUUGGAACUUAAUAUAUCUUAUUAAGAUAGAAGAAACCUGAAUUAUCUCAUA